CUUGAACAACUCUGAGUAACGGAAGUAAUACGUCUGCUGUAGUACCUUCUCAGCCUGACACUCGUUUUAGCUCUUUUUCUAUGUCAACCCCUUCUUGGCAAGUAGAAGUCAUCAGGAAUGAACUUGUCUGUCUAAUUAAUACUUGCAUGUCUCCUCUUCUCCAAUUAUGUCCCUGAACUGAGAUGUUGAUAUUCAUCUUGUGUCACAACAAGAAAGCUUUUGCCAGUGGGAUGAUUUUCUGAUGAAGCAUGUGCUGGAUGUGUGACCUUUGUGGGUUUAUACUGAAGAAGCUUCUGGAUCCCUUUAGACAAACAAAUCCCUUAACAAGCAGGAUUCAUGCUUAUUUUGCAUUCUUUAUGCUGCUAACCGGCUGCCACACUUACUCCUAUCAGCAGCAGAAGCUGCUGCCCUGCUGUGUAUGAAGCUUAAUUGAAGUCAUGUCCAGAAGGAAAGUCAACUAAAUCAGGGAUUUGCAGGCAUAUGGAAAUGCAAGACCAGCAAUGGAGGUAGAGUCCACCACAUACACUGACUUUAUUUCCUGUGAUCGGGCUGGUCGGAGGAACGCUGUCCACGAUAUCCAAGGAGAUGCGACUGCUAUCAGCAUGCGCAAGCUGACAGGGGACAUAAGUGACCUCUCCAUUGAAGGAGCAGAAAGCCAAGCAGAUGCCACUUCUUCCGAGAAGGACCCUGGAGCAAGACCAAAGGGGCAAGACAACAGCCCCUCCCCAUGAGGGCAUGCAGGGGGUGGGAUGGGGUAGGAGGAGGGACUUGCUGUAGACCUUAAACAAGAAUUUACUAUUGAAUCUGCAGACGAAAGCCAACAUGGAAGCACAAGUUCUCUGUCAAAUGCCGCUGCUGCAACCGUUUGGUUCAGAGAGCUGCAGGAUGCUGUGCAAGGACUGGCACCUCCAAAAGACUUCUGCUCCCACCCCUAACAACUUAGAACAACACUGCAGUGGUUGUAGUGGUAUGAGCCAUUCUCAAGAUGCCUUAGCUGCAAUUUUCCUCUAUAGGAAAACACAAUUUCAGUAAUAAUACACACAGACUUUCCUGUCCAAGGUACCUUCUUACUUCGUAAAUUUAGACUAUUAUUUAUUCUCUAUUUCCAUAGAUUAGGAGCUUAGACUUUUGGGGUUUUCUAAGCAUCACCCUCAUUCUGCAUCUUAGAUCUGAACUGGCCUCUGGACUGUCCGCGUAGCCCCUAGUCACGGUGGGCAGUGGGGAAGGGACCCGGCCAGUCCCACAGUGUUCAUGUCAAGCACCACUCACCUGUGCUGCUGCCACGUAGCGAUCAGAAAAGGACCAAAGCGCGGACACGUGUGGACGAGCUCCACCUACAGACCCAGCAGCAUCAGCCACAGGCAUCUUUUUCUUUGGGUUUUAGCAUUUUAAGGUAUUGUUAAGGGGAGGGGAGAACAAUUUUGCUGUUUUGACUGUUGAAAUUGAGGCUUACCCAUGCAAACUGUUAGCCGAGAAGUAUUUAUCUCUGGAAAGAUCUCACACCGUUCUCUUUUAGGAGAUGUUUUGUGUUAAAGAUGGUUUGAUAAAACUAUAUAAGCUGUUGGAAUAAAUAACACACAGCCUUCAA